AUGAGCUUCUGGAGGCAUGGUGGGUUGUUGAAUUUCCUCACGUUUUUGUGCAUCACCAAAACGCGUAAGGUGGCCCCGUUCGGUGUCCGGCAGCAGCCACUACAUCGUGCCUGCGACUCCACUGCAGAUGUCAAACUGACCUUCUCCGGCUUGAGCUACUCCAUCUCCCCGAAGGACUAUGUUGGCGCUCGCUCCGGCUCUGGUUCCGGCUCCAAUUGCCUCUCCACCAUCGUCCCACAGAAGACCUUUAAAGACGCAGAUUGGCUCGUCGGUGACAUCUUCCUCAAGAACGUCUACACCGUGUUCGAUUAUGAUGCGGAUCGAAUCGGGUUCGCUCCCCGUGAGGACUCGAUAUCCAGCAGCAAAAACACCACGUCCACAUCCACGUCGGCUUCUUCUUCCACUGGAUCUGGAACUGAAACUUCCGUCUCAAAGACUGCUGUAUCCACGGCGGCAGACGCUACCAGAAGCGUGGAUGCGUCCUCGCAAAAGUCCCAGGGAAGUAUUACUCUAGUGACAGGUCAUGUUUGGGCUAUACUCGCCGUGUUGUCAAUCAUGUUGAGUUCUGACUGA